GACGGGGGCGCAGGAGCGGAGCGGGCGCGGAGCCGCAGCCCAGGGCCCCCGCCCGCAGCCCGCGAUGUGCGCCGCGGCCCGCGCUGCCGGCCAUGGCGAGGCUCCGGCGCGGGCCCUGCGCGCUGCUCCUGGGCCUGGCGCUGCUGCUGCCCGCGCGCCCGCUCCCCGCCCAGCCCGGCCGCUCGGACCUCAGCCUCAUCCAGCAGCGCCAGCGGCCCAGGGACCCCGACCGCGACCGGGACCGGGACCGGGCCGCGCAGGACCCGCCCGAGGGGCCCGGGGCCUCCGCCUCCCCGGCGCCAGGGUCCGCGUUCACGCUGAAGGUCCAGGUGAAUGACAUCAUCAGCCGCCAGCCCCUGCGCCGGGCGGCGGUCGAGGUGUUUGUCAACCACACGAAGACGAACGCCACCGUGACCGGGAGCCGCGGCACCGCGCUGGUCCGCGUGCCCUACACGCUGGGCCUGGGGCUCACCAUCCUGGCGCACAAGGUCGGCUACGUGCUGGCGCCGCUGGCCUGGAGGCCCGGCCGGAUGCCAAUCUACUCAUCAGUGACACUUUCGCUGUUCCCGCAAAGCCAAGCGAAUAUCUGGCUGUUUGAAGACACCGUUUUGAUUACCGGAAAGCUAGCUGAGGCCAAAUCCCAGCCCAGCGUCCAGUUUUCAAAAGCCUUCAUCACACUCCCGGACAGCCACCACGUCAGCAACGUGACCGGCUACCUGACGGUCCCGCAGCAGUUCCUGAAGAUGGACAGUUUUCUGUACACGUCCGGGGGCGCGCCGGAUAAACCAGGUUUUGAAAGCAUCGAGCUGACGCCCCUCGCCGCGGUGUGCGUGAAGAUUUACUCGGGGGGCCGGGAGCUCCAGGUGGCCGGCUCCGUCCAGCUUUCUCUGCCGCUUCUCCACACCCGGGACGUGCGGGCGGGGGACCGCGUCCCUGCCUGGACCUUUGACAUGGACACAGGCACUUGGAUCAGUCACGGCCGGGGGACGGUCAAGGACGAUAACAACCAUUUGGUUUGGACGUACGACGCGCCGCAUCUGGGCUACUGGAUAGCAGCUCCGCUUCCGGGAACUAGAGGUCCGGGGGCCAGUGGAGACCCCAGGGACAUGGCUGCCUACCACACGGCGUUCCUGACGGCCAUCCUGGGGGGCACCGUCGUCAUCGUCGUUGGCUUCUUCGCGGUGCUGCUGUGCUACUGCAGGGACAGGUGUGGGCCCCCCCGGAAGAGAGACAGGCCCGUCACCAAGCUGGAGGCGCUCCGCCGGGACCAGACCACGUCCACCACGCACAUCCCCCACAUCGGCUCCGGCCAGGCCGCCCUGAGGGCCGAGGACCGCGCCCAGCCCCGCGGCGCCCGGAGCCCCGCGCGCAGCCCGCAGCGGCCCGGCCUGGCCCAGGCGGCGGCGGAGGAGCGCGUGGCCGUGGUGAGGACGCGGGACCAUUUCAGGCUCUUCGGGGCGGACGGCUCCUUCCUGCCCGCCCGGCCGCCGGCCCCGGAGUCCCGCGGGGGCGCCCAGGAGGCGGCGCGGUGCCCGGCGGGCCGCCCGGAGGGGUGCGGGCGCGCCCCGCUCCCCGAGCAGCUGCUGCACCUGUGCCGCCCGCCGCUCGCCCUCCUGCAGGGCGCCGACCUCUUCGCCCCGGAGCCGCGCCCCGCGGCCAAGGCGGCCACGCUGCCCCGGAAGGCGCCGCCGGGCUACGGGCCGCUGCGGGAGCCGGGCGGCCGCGGGGCCUUCGCGCAGACGCUGCCCAAGGGGCCCGGGCACGCGCUCGGCCCGCCCGCGGCCGCCGGGGAGGAGGGCGCCCCGCGCCAGGGCCCCGCGAGCCCGCCGCCCGCGGCCGCCGCCUGGGGGCGCUACCCCAGCAGCCUGCUGGAGUCGGUGUCGGUGCCCGGCACGCUGAACGAGGCGGCGGGGGUGGCGCCCUUCGCCGCGGAGCUGCAGGGCGUCUCGGAGCAGGCGCUGCGGGAGCUGAGCCAGGCGCCGCCCUGCCCGCACCCGCGCGCCUGGUUCGUGUCCCUGGACGGCACGCCGGUGGCGCCCGUGCGGCACUCCUUCAUCGACCUGAAGCGGGGCCGGCGCGGCCGCAGCGAGGACGCCAGCCUGGACUCGGGCGUGGACCUGCACGAGCCCCCCGCCGGCCGCCGGCUGGAGCGGGAGCGCACCUUCGUCCGCGCCGCCGCCGCGCCCCGCGCGCUCUGCCUGGAGGACCUGGACCUGAGCAGCAGCGAGAGCGGCACGGCCGUCUGCUCCCCCGAGGACCCCGCGCUGCGGCCCGCGCCGGACGGCGGGGGGCCCCUCCCCGAGCACCCCGCGGAGGGGGCCCCCGGGGGGAGGGGCGCGGGGGACGACCGGGACGACCGGGACGCCCACACCUCCCCCACCAGGAAGCGCGGCCGGCCCGGCCUGGCCAAGCGGGACAGCAAGACGAACAUCUGGAGGAAGCGCGAGGAGCGCCCCCUGCUCCCCCUAAAUUAGCCCGGGCUGGGGGGGGGGGUCCCCCUACGUGCCGCUCGUUCUCGUUUCUGGUGUAAAUUGCAGUAGGAACUUCUUGUUUUUAAAUGUUUUUAUUGAUGUCAGAGAGGGAGGGAGAGAGAACAUCAAUGAUGAGAGAGGACCAGGGACCGCCCGCCUCCUGCUCGCCCCACACGGGGACCGGCCUGUGGAGACGGCCUGCCAGGCGGGAC